AUGUAUCGUCAUUAUAGACUAUUGGACAGUGCAUUAAUUGCAUUGAUAUCUUUUCAUUUGGUAUUGUCUCCAUUUACAAAAGUUGAGGAAUCGUUUAACAUUCAGGCAAUUCAUGAUAUACUUAAGUUUGGGGUUUUCCCAAUUGAAGUAAUUGAUAAUUAUGAUCAUAAACAGUUCCCGGGUGUAGUGCCCAGAACAUUUAUCGGGAGUUUAGCCAUUGCUGGAUUUACAAAGCCAUUUAUGGUAUUAGCCUCAGUAUUUGGUUUUGAACUCACGGGAUACGAUUUACAGAAAUUGGUUCGUGCCUUACUUGGCUUGGCUAAUGCCUUGAUGUUGAUAAAAUUAAGAGAUAGUUUAAAUAAAGUGACUUUCCGUGAUAAGAAAAGCAAAGUCAAGGGAAUGAUUGGGUUUUGGUAUCUGAUUCUUUUGUUAUCUCAGUUCCACUUGAUGUACUACUCGUCUCGUACUUUGCCAAACUUCAUUGCAUUGCCAUUGGUAAAUUUUGCAUUUAGCAAGAUGAUAGUUGGCGACAUUUCUGGACUCACAUGGUUAGCAUUCACAGGGGUAGUUUUCCGAUUGGAAGUUGGUGUGCUCGCUGUAAUAAUCGCACUUGUAUCGUCGAUAGUGUUUGGACAGUCGAAUGUUUUUGUAAACUUCGUAUACUUGACGAUGGGAACCAUAAUGGGUGCAGUCGCUUCUGGGUGUGUUGACUCCUACUUCUGGGGAAGGAUCUUGGUUCCCGAAGUGGAGUCUUUUGUUUUUAAUAUUGUCAAUGGAAAAUCCAGUGAAUGGGGUGUUGAGCCAUGGGGAGCAUAUUUCCAAAAAUAUCUUUUUCAAUUAUUUAGACCUCCUGUUAUUUUGAUGUUGGCACUUCCUGGUUUGGUAGGUGAUCCAGCAGAUGACGGAACAAAUUUGGGUGAUAAGAAUGUAGUUUCACAUCCAGCUAGAUAUUCCUUGCAUAUUUUGUUUACAUCUUCGAUCUUGUUUAUCGCUGCCAUGUCAUUUCAACCACACAAGGAAUGGAGAUUUAUCAUCUAUACUGUGCCAAUUUUUACUUUACAAGCUGCAAACGGGGUUACUAAUAUUUUCCAAAAAUGGAGUUUAAACUUUGCUAAUAGAUUAUUGGGCAUGAUCAUUGUCGCCACUAUAGUUGUUAGUUCCAUAUUGUCUUUGCAAAUGGGUUACAUUUCCAGUUUCAAUUAUCCAGGUGGGGAUGCUUUAACUUUUACAAAUAACUAUGUUUUGGAACACUACAAGGAUACUCCGAUAUCAAUUCAUAUGGAUGUUCCAGCAUGUAUGACUGGGGUUACCCGCUUUGGAGAAUUGACCAAUUCGCUGGUGGCCAUAUACGAUAAAACAGAAGAAGGUUUUGAUAUCAAUAAUUAUGACAUUGUUAUUACACACAAUGAAUUGAAGGGCUGGGAGCAGUUGUAUACCGCAAAGGCUUUUGAAAGAAUUUCACUUGAUAUUUUUAUUCAAUUGUUGAAUGCCCAAAAAAAGGACAACACAGUGGUUCUGAAUAUUAUCAAGACGAUAAUAACCGAGUUGGCUACCGGAGAGCUAACUACCUUGCACAGUAUUAUACGAUCGACUGUUGUUAUUAGUGACUAUUUACAUGUUUACAAAAAUGUCAACGUUAAUGCGAAAAUCGUUACUGAAGAAAGCCCUAAAGCAGUUCUUGCAGAAGAGUUGAAUCCAGAUGAAAUUCGCGAAGAGGUGAAUGACCAAAUUAACGAGAUUGAAAGUGUUAUACUAAAUGAAUAG